CGCCCGCAGCCAUGGCACGCUACCCACACGCCGCUCCCCGUCGUCGUCCCUGCCGUCUCCUCGUCUCUAUAUAUACAUCCCCUCCCCUUCUCCCCCGUUCCCCACACAUCACAAGAGAGCCAAGGGCUAGCCGAUCAACAACACCACUAGCCUCUCCUAUCCUAGCUAGCUAGCUUCCACCGGCCGGAAGAAAAAAAAAAUGGUGGCGAGCAAGGCCGCCCCGUUCGACGAGGUGUCCUCGGUGGAGGCGGGGGCCUACGGGGGCCGCGACGACGACGGGCGGCCGCGCCGGACGGGCACGGUGUGGACGGCCAGCGCCCACAUUAUCACGGCCGUCAUCGGCUCCGGGGUGCUCUCGCUGGCGUGGGCCAUCGCGCAGCUGGGCUGGGCCGCGGGCCCCGCCGUCAUGCUGCUCUUCGCCGUCGUCAUCUACUACACCUCCACGCUGCUCGCCGAGUGCUACCGCUCCGGCGACCCAGUGGCGGGGAAGCGCAACUACACCUACAUGGACGCCGUCCGCGCAAGCCUCGGCGGCGCCAAGGUCAGGCUCUGCGGCGCCAUCCAGUACGCCAACCUCUUCGGCGUCGCAAUCGGAUACACAAUCGCCGCAUCCAUCAGCAUGCUCGCCAUCAAGAGGGCGGACUGCUUCCACGCCAAGGGCCACAAGCACGCGUGCCGCAGCUCCAGCAACCCCUACAUGAUCCUCUUCGGCGUCGCCGAGGUCGUCUUCUCGCAGAUACCGGACUUCGACCAGAUUUGGUGGCUCUCCAUCGUCGCCGCCGUCAUGUCCUUCACCUACGCCACCAUCGGCCUCGUCCUCGGCAUCAUGCAGACCGUCGCCAACGGGGGCUUCCAGGGCAGCCUCACCGGGAUCAGCAUCGGCGCCGGCGUCACCCCGACGGAGAAGGUCUGGCGGAGCCUGCAGGCCUUCGGCAACAUCGCCUUCGCCUAUUCCUACUCCAUCAUCCUCAUCGAGAUCCAGGACACGGUCAAGGCGCCGCCGCCAUCCGAGGCCAAGGUGAUGAAGAGGGCGACCAUGGUGAGCGUGGCCACCACAACGGUGUUCUACAUGCUGUGCGGGUGCAUGGGCUACGCCGCCUUCGGCGACGCCGCGCCGGACAACCUCCUCACCGGCUUCGGCUUCUACGAGCCCUUCUGGCUGCUGGACAUCGCCAACGUCGCCAUCGUCGUGCACCUCGUCGGCGCCUACCAGGUCUUCUGCCAGCCGCUCUUCGCCUUCGUCGAGAAGUGGGCAGCGGCCACGUGGCCCGACAGCGCCUUCAUCGCCCGGGAGUUCCGCGUGGGCCCCUUCGCGCUCAGCCUGUUCCGCCUCACCUGGCGCACGGCGUUCGUGUGCCUCACCACCGUCGCCGCCAUGCUGCUCCCCUUCUUCGGCGACGUCGUCGGCCUGCUCGGCGCCGUCUCCUUCUGGCCGCUCACCGUCUACUUCCCCAUCGAGAUGUACGUCGUGCAGCGCGCCGUGCGCAGGUGGAGCACGCACUGGAUCUGCCUCCAGAUGCUCAGCGCUGCGUGCCUCCUCGUGUCCGUCGCCGCCGCAGCGGGCUCCAUCGCCGACGUCAUCGGCGCGCUCAAGGUGUACCGCCCGUUCAGCGGCUAGUUCAGAUAGGGGCCCAACGAGGCGUGUGCCGUGCACAUGAGUAGUGCCAGUGGUAUCUCUACUGGUCGGGGUGCUACAUUGACUGUGGGGUCCCGGGUUGUUGUAACUUGUAAGAUAUAGCCAAAUGAAAAACAAAGCUACUGAACUCGUGUGGAGUUUUGUCAUGUAGCAACUUAUACAGUUCUCGUAUUUUCUGCAAAACUUUAUUUGAUAGGUUUA